UGUCUGUAUAUGUGUGUGGAUUUGCGGGCUCCGUAGCGUCCGGAGCUUUGGCUUUUAAUAUAGAUAGCAACGCGAAGGGCAUCCCUAGCAAAUUACUUUUUGAUCCGAGCCGGCUCUAAUUAAAUGGCUAAUUGCUUGAGCUGUGCAGUUGUGCGCUGCUGCUUUGAUCGUAUGAAAGAAAAGCGCUUUGGCGAUAUUUAGCAAUACUUGAUUCAUUUGUGUGCUGAAGGUUGGCAUUUAAAAAUCUAGGCUCCCCCGAUACGCCCCAGAUAGCCCGUGCGAUAUCCCAUCCCCCUCCUUUUUGAAAUGAAAUGAGGCAUCCACUGCGCAGAGAUUCCCGGCUAAUCCCAACAUCGAGCUGGCGAUCUCCCAAAAGAGACGGCUUAACCCUCCCGUAGCCUGAGCGCGGCACGUACUAACCCAAUUAGCUCUGCCGGGUGUCGCGUCUUUACUGAACACAUACUGAACACAUUCAAUUACCCCUCCCGACUACUCUUAUCUCGAUUUUCUAAUUCGAGAGCCAUUGGCCACAUCGCUUUAUCUGUGCAUGAAUAAAGCUUUGCCUAUACUUCUGCCACCGAUGAACUUUUUGACACAUGACAUAAUCUUUUUAUGAGCACUUAAAUACCCUAGACAUUUAAAUGCUAUUUGUGCUACUCCCCCGCCCCAUUCUCCCUGUGCGCAGAGUUGGCUUGUUCCGCAUGGAAACCGAUCAUCCUGCGUGUAACUAGAUCUCCCCGAUCUAUAUAUUACGCUCUGCGCGACUCCGGAGUAAAAGCGAUACUUCUGUCUGUCUGCCCCCGUGUGUCAUUGCCACCUUGGCUGGCUUUUACUUCCAGGCUUUGCAGACCGCGGUGACAGUUUGCGCCCUGUUUGUGGGGUUUCCAUCCUGCGCCCCUUUACUGUUGUGUAAGCCGAAUAGAGCAUUUGGUGGGUGCAGGGUUCAUUCUAUACACUGUCCCAUUGCCCUUACGAAGGGGCUCAUUGAAAGUUUCUCUAAUCAGAAUAGCAACACCGGGAGACUUUAAUAUAUGUGCUACUUUUCAUCUAUUAUUGGCAAAUGUAAUGUUUCCGCUUGCCAUCAUUUGACUACCCAUUAAUGUAGCCUCGCCCGCCGCCCUUGUCUGUACAGAGGCAGUGCUUUCAAUGGAAAAAUUAGGACACAACGCGCAUUUAGAAACAGGGAGCGGGGUGUAAACUAAGGUCACGGCUACGGGUUCGGCAGGAUUCACCAUUGUAGGAUACUCUAUUAUCAGCACGCUGCCUGCGAGUCGCGCAGAAAUGGUCCGGCUUUAGCGCACGGAAUGAAUAGAUCGCUGGCAAAUGCUGACUGACGGUAUCGAUCUCCACGAGAGUUGCACGUCAAGGGGACAGAUUUAGAAGAAGGGGGAGGCAGCAGCAUAAGGAGAGAAAAUGCUUUCUGCAAGCCCCCUCUAUGGGAACGUGCACAGCUGGAUGAGCAGUGAGAGAGUCCGCAUGUGUGGCAUCAAUGAAGACAGGAAAGUCCUUAUUAAUGAUGGGGACAUUCAGAAAGCAAGACUUGAACUGAGGGAAGAUCAUCUUGGUCACACCUUGGUUGAUGCAGCUGCUGUACAUCGUAUUGACAGCCUAACAGCCCUUACCAUGGAUCGCACUGGACUUAUGCAGGAAGGGAUGAGAGUUCCGAGUGGUAUGGUGUAUCCUAGUUUGUGUGGUCUUGGCACAGAGAAGGUCCGUGAACCUUCCAGCGCCAUUCCUGGACUUGGAUAUGUCUCUGACAGAAAUCCCGAUCUGCAGUACAAACCUACUGCUACUGAAACUAUGGAUAAUUCUCACAUGUCUGUGAAACAGUCAAAUGGAUUUAAUCCUUUGUUCAAAACACCACCAGGACUACAAAAGGCACAUGUUCCUACCAGUGAAUCACUGGUGAUGGACAGAUCGGCAAGUGACAAGCAAAAUCUAUUAAGUGUUAAUGGUGCUAAUUACUUGAGGAUCCCGUGGAUGAAUCCAUACAUGGAGAGCACAUCACCAGCUAUGUAUCCCUUUAUUGAUUCACCAAAUAAGUAUCAAUUAAAUAUGUAUAAAGCAUUUCUACCUCAGCAGUCUGCUUACAGCAUACCACAGCAUUUGGCCUACUCACCAGUCUGUCCCAAUGGUGAACGAUUUGUCUACAUACCACCCUCGCACUACAUAGGGCCUCACAUUACAUCAGGUCUGGCACCAUCCAUGAAAAUACCUCCACCAUCAGCUACACCUGCAAUUCCUACUUCAGUACACUGUUUAGAAAAGAAUUUACCUUGGAAAAUGGGAUUAAGUCCUGGAUCCACAGUUGACUCACAUGCAUAUUCACAUCUUCCAAACAGCAAACAACAUAGGGUCACAUGUGUUAAAUCUACAACUGGGAAAAUCUCACCAGAGCCUGCUCUACGGUUGACUCCAUCUCAGAGACCAUCCUCUAGACUUCACUGUCCAGUCCAGCAAGAUAGCUUUUCAGAGUUUCAGGCUCAGUUUGUCAAAAUUCCGACACCACCUACUUCCAUUGUCCACUCAAAGCCGCUCACUAAUGUGAGCAGUGAUUUCACCCCUUUAAGGAUCCCUAACAUAAAAGUUCAUAAAAAUCAUGAACCUGAAAUUGCACAGGUGCAAGCACCACUGAAAAAGAAUAGGGACAGAAAAGAAAGCAAAUCUCCAGUCCUGGUGCAAAAACAAACAACUCAUAAAGAUGGAGGCGAAAAACCACUAGAUUUGUCUUCCAAGUUCGGUGAUGCUGAUAUUUCAAAAGUGGACUGUAUAGAGAAUGCGCCAUCUAUUUUACAUCUUGCUAGCCAUGUGAAUACUAUGGGUCUCUCUAGCAGGGAUGUUCAUAAAGAAGCCAUUUCACCUUCUACAAAUAGUAGUUGUAUAGUAAGACCAGAAAUUAUCAGCACCGCUGCAUCUUCAUGGGUGGUUCCUAGUAUUACCCAUACAGAAGAGACUAAUGGCAUAAUUAUGUCACUUAAAAACAGAACUCUGGAGAGGGUGAUGCCUCAGCAAAGGAGCUCUUCAUGCCCUCGAAUGGGAAGCGCUGAAAGUGCAGUGGGUAGUAGUCCAGGAAUUGUCCCUGCUAUGGGUCGGCCAGCUUCUGCUUCCCCUGCCCCAAAUGCUAACACAGAAGUCAAAAAUUCAGAAGACUGUAAUAAAUCUGUUAUUCAGCAGGCACCUGCACCUGUGAGUACCUCUGUUAAAAAUAACAGGGUGGUAAAAUCGUCUGUUCCAGAGUCCACCAUGAAAGUGAAUGAGACUAGUAUGCACCCUGCUGCACCUAUGUUUGUCCAUCAGAGUGAGCCUUUUUGUUCUCCUCCCUUGGCCUACCCCAGCAGUUUUAUCCCCUACCAAGUUUCUGAGACCCUUGCCCUAUCACAUUUACACUUGCAUAAUAAAGCUCCUAUGUAUCCCCACCCUGUUUUGCUUUCCAAUGGUAGUCUCUUUCCUGGGCCUAUGGCACCCAAACCAGGAAUCCCUUACAGUAUCCCAACUAACAGGGAUUACAUGACUUAUCAAGACACAUUAGGCAUGGUACAUCCAAUUUUAUUACCCCCAUCGACUAUAGAAAUGAGCAAAGAUGGACAAGAAAGAAGAUCUAGAUCUCAUGAGAGACCUAGGUAUGAAGAUUCUCCACCCAGGAAUAGGCUGUUGGAUAUAUCGGACUCAAGCUCGAAAUUCAAUUUUGAAAUACCUGCUGACAAAGCCUUGAAGUUCCAUCAUAGUUCCAGACAUGUUUCAAAACCAGAAAAGCUGAACACAAAUGCAGAAAGAGAUGCAAAAUGCAACACUAACAUAGUAAUGAAUGGUUUUGUCCCUGAGAAAUUCAAAUCAAACAAUGUGACUGUGGAGAAACCAGAACAGGGAUUGCAGAACAGAGAACCUUUAACUAGAGAAGAGAUUCAGAGAACAAAUGAAUUUCACAGAUCUUUUCAAGUUUCCAGACCUACUACACUAGAGUCACCUGUUUUUCACUACAGGCAGGAGAGCCCUUUAGGCAACCAAAAUGCAGACUGCAGUGCAGCUGAGGCAUGUGCUAGAUUUUUGGCACCACCUGAGAGCAAUGACAUUCCUGUUGGGAAUUAUAGCAGAGUGCAGGAGAAAUUGCAGCCUUUUCUUGGGUCAAAUGGGCAUUCUGAUAAUGAAAUUAUUGAGUCUCCUGGAAGAGAUGCUGUUGAUGAAUAUGAAACUAUUAAUGGAAAACUUGUGAAAACAAAGUCCUCAAAACUGUCAAAAAGGAUAGCAAACUCUGCAGGUUAUGUGGGGGAUCGGUUUAAAUGUGUGACAACGGAAUUGUAUGCAGACUCAAGUCAACUUAGCCGAGAGCAGAGAGCUUUGCAAAUUGAAGGCUUAGAAGAGGACAGUAUUUUAAGUCCACCUGCUGCUUACUGUGAGCGGGCAAUGAUGCGUUUCUCCGAGCUGGAGAUGAAGCGGCAAGAUGAACAGAUGCCAUCCAAAGAUACUGAGUCCUGCAAACAUCUUACAGAGUGGGAGGAGCUGAAACCUGCUGUUGCUAAACCUGUGGCCACCAAUGUGGAACAUUCUGGCAACAUUCAAAUGGAAGGGGCUGAAAAGAACACUCUUGUUAAUAUGGAUGAAAUUGCAAAGUAUCCUGAGAGAGACAGAGAGUACCUGAAAGGGGACUGUCACUUUGAGAGAAUGAAUCUGUAUGAAGAAGCAGUGCUCCCAACAGAUAACUUCAGUCACGGGCAUUGUCUGGGUGUAAAAAGAAAACACCCAGAGGAAAUUCAGCCAGAGGAGUUCCUGCGCAGCUUAACCACAGAGGAGGCAUUGCAAGAGGACACACAGGCUAAAAGAAAAAGGAUCGAUGACUACUGUGGAAAGGAUCUGGUAGACUGUUCCUCAAAGGUCCUUGCAGACUCCAAUUCUAAUGAAGUUACCAAUCUGAAAGUCUGUAUAGAAUUAACAGGACUCCACCCUAAAAAGCAACGACACCUGCAGCAUCUCAGGGAGCUGGGCCAGCAAUGCAGGAAGGACUCAAGUGAAAUCAGAGGGGUUUCAGAGACUGAAAAUAAACUGAAAUCAUGGGAGGAAGAGCAGUCAAUCAAGAAGAAAUCUGAAAGUAAAUGCACAAGCGGCCUGGAGAGCAUAAAAACUGACAUCCCUGAAGAAGACACCUCUGUUUCUCCACACCCGAAAGGAUUUCCAUCUGGCUGCCCAAGCAGCAAGCAACAGAAUCAGGCGCAUUUCACAAAACCCCCUCGGUUAGCUUCCAAACAACCAAAGAUCAGAGACGUCCGCAAGUCAAAUGUGCAGAAUGCAGAUGAAGAGGGGGGCCUCCAAGUCACGUCAUUGCUUGAGGAUUACACAGACUGUGAGAAGCCCUCUGGAAAACGCCAGUGCAAGACAAAGCACCUGGCACUGCAGGAGAGGAGGAGGAAAAGGUUGUCAGUCAGUGGGGAUGACAGCACGGAUGAGAAGGUUGUCUUGAGGGGGCACAAAAAACAUGUAGAAGGCAGUGCCGAUGAUUCUCCGGUCAAAACCCAAGAGCAAAUGGCACCUGCAAUACAAACGCCGUUACUACCCUUACUUCUACCGAAUACUGUUCAGGAAACUACACCAAGCCGACCCAUGCCACCAGAAGCACGCAGAUUGAUUGUUAACAAAAACGCUGGGGAAACACUUCUGCAGAGAGCAGCACGUCUUGGAUACGAGGAAGUCGUCUUGUAUUGCUUGGAAAGCAAGUCAUGUGAUGUAAACCACAGAGACAAUGCAGGCUACUGUGCUUUACACGAGGCCUGUGCAAGAGGCUGGCUGAGCAUUGUAAGACACCUUCUAGAACAUGGGGCAGAUGUCAACUGCAGUGCUCAAGAUGGAACCAGGCCAAUCCAUGAUGCAGUGGAGAAUGACCACCUAGAAAUUGUGCGAUUGUUGUUGUCUUAUGGAGCCGACCCCACACUGGCAACUUACUCAGGCAGGACAAUUGCAAAAAUGACACACAGCGAAGCAAUGGAAACUUUUCUAACAGAGUAUUUAACUGACCUGCAAGGGCGCAGCUGGGAUGACCCUGGAUUGUCAUGGGAUUUUUAUGGAAGCUCAGUCUGUGACGUAAAAGAAGAGAGUGGAUUUGACAUUUUGGCAAAUCCUCCUGGGCCAGAUGAGGAAGACGAUGGUUAUAUGGAUGCCUUUGAAUUUGAGUUCUCAGACAGCCCUCUUUUGCCUUGCUAUAACAUUCAGGUGUCCCUUUCACAGGGGCCCAGGAACUGGAUGCUGCUUUCAGAGGUGACAAAAAGACUGAAGAUGUCAUCACAGGCAUUUACUGCUGAGAAUCCUCACCUUGAGAUAGUCAGUAUUACUGAGGCAGAAUUCUACAAACAAGUGUCAUUAAGUCAACUCUUUUCUUCUCCUGAAGGCCUAGAAGGGUUCAGUCCAGACAGCAAGGAAAUGGUGGAACUUGUGGAAUUCACAAAUGAACUGCAGACUUUAUUGGGGUCUUCAAUCGAAUGGGUAGACCCUGAAAAUGAAACUAAUUACAGCAGCUGUUAAACAGCCAGACCCCCCCCCCAUGACGUGUACUAUAAUACUUAUCCAUUUAUUUGUGAAUAUGUUUCAUAAUGAGAAAAACACUAUGAUAGGUGUUUCAUUGUAAAGACAAGUGAUAUAUCCAUUAAUGGGACAUUUUUUUUCUUCUUUCAGAAACCCUAAAUCAAUUUGUAGAGACCUGAAUAGCCUAAUAAUUCGGUGCACAUUUGCUUUGGGGAAUACCAUUUUGUUUUAACCUGUAACACUUUAUUUUAUUAUUAUUGUUAUUAUUUUAAUACAUUGACAUUUUCAAAGCACUGAAUGCACGGGAGCUACUUUAUAAUUUGUACUGAAUUCAAAGUCAUGUGGAUCAAGGAGAGGCACUUCGCAACAUUUUUAUGUUUACAGAAUUACCUGCCUUGGGUAAUUAAUAUUGGAUGUAAUCCAGAUUUCUUUUGUAAUAUAGAUGGAAAUAUAAAUAUAUAUAUAUAUAUAUAUAUAUAUAUAUAUAUAUAUAUAUAUAUAUAUAUAUAUAUAUAUAUAUAUAUAUAUAUAUAUAUAUAUAUAUAUAUAUAUAUAUAUAUAAAUCCACUGAAAUGUGUUUUGAAUUUUUGUAUUUAAAAUCUUACUUUUCACACUUCAGUUAGAUGCGCUGUGUGUAUGUGUGUGUAUGAUUUCUGUUUAUAUAUCGCACAAGUCCAGGCGGCUGCAUCGCUAUACAUAUAUAAAUAUAUACAUACAUUCAGACAUAUUAUGCUCUAAUUUAAAAAUGAAAAAUGCUUUGAACUAUUUUUUCCCUUGUAACUUGUAAAAUAUUCAGAUUGUAACAUAAAGAAUUAUGGUUGGGUUAAAUUGUAUAUAUACACAAAAAAAAAAUCCUAAGAUGUGUGUGCAAUGUUUUGAGAUCUGUGUUUAAACUUUGUAAGUAAACCACCUGCCUUUGUAUUUAUAUUUUACAAGACUUUUUCUUAAAAAGGCAAUAAAACCGCUCAGUAAAUGGAAA